AUGUCCUUUUCUGGAGAACAACAUCGACCCGGGAUGCGUCGGAAAUCCUCUGCGCAAAAUCUCCUUUCCUCCUUCAAAUCUCCUCCCAACAGUUCAGCGCCACAACCAAGUGCACAGCCAUUGACGGUUUCCAGUUCUGCUGCCGCGGCGUACACUGGUCCAGCAGGCGCCCCUACUCCCGUUUCCUCGACCCCUAUGGCGAAGGAAUGGGAUGCGCAGUCGUUGCAUGCCGAGUCCUUGGGAACAACGACGCCUGCAAUAGGUACUUCCGACGAAUAUCUUCGAGAUCUCGUCCAGAAAAGGAUUCUGACAUUGACAUAUAUUCGGAAUAUCCAUGAAGGACGGAGUCACUGGUUUCAUACUAUAUACAUAUCACGGACAGACUUGGAUCGGGUAUUUAACAACGUAGAAAUGAAGAAACGAACGACGCGAUUUCUUAUCCUCGGAAUGUCGCUUGCCAAUUUGCUGGACGUGCCGCAGCCUCAAGACUUUCUGCGAGGACUGCUGAACACUCUGCUCGAGUAUGAUCAAGCAAAGGAGGAUACUGAAAAGCCCAAGAUGCCCAGGAGAUUAUUUCGAGGAAAGCUUGGAGGAAAGCGACCGGGCGUAAUGAGCGAAUAUUCCGGAUCAUACACAGAUUCCACAGAGUCUUAUCUAGUCAACCCUCAUACACCAUUCCCGUUAGAUUAUCACCAAACACUGCUUACACUGCUUGAUAUUGUCUCUGAAGUGUAUCAUAAAAUCGCAAAGCUCAUUGGCCCAUCUCCGAUUCCCCAUUCUUCCCAGCAUAUGAUGGGUCCUUUGGGCCUUCUUAUACCGCAUCCCGGCGUAUCGUACCUGUUCGCCGACGGACCUCAAUCCGCUUUCUCUGGUACUCUGAGUCCAAGUCUCUUAUGGAGUAUAGCUAAUGGAGGUUUACCAGCAACUGGAGGGUUUAGUUUCGGUGCAGGACCUCUUCCUGCUUGGUCGUCCAGUUUAGGAGAGCUGGUACUGAAGAUUGACAAUAAAUUCAAGAAAUUAACAUCGAUUCUACUCAAAGAGUUAGAUCAAUUUGCUCGUACUGGCAUCAAAGAGGAACUUGCUUCGCUUGAUCCCCUCCUUCGAAACAUUAAAAUGCCGGAUCUCGAAGCGGCUGGACUCGCAAAUUUCGAUUAA